ACUCGACAACCCUGCUCUUUACAUAACAAGAAGAAGAAGACCUCUCAUCGACCCCACCACACCGGGAUUCAAGGAUUUUAUUGCAUUUUCACCGAUUACAAUGGCCAGCUCGCAGUCAAACGACGCCUGCAGCAUAUGCGACAAAGUGGGCCUCAAGCCCUUCACCCGGGAGAAUGUGUUCAACUACUACAUACCGCUGCACGGCCUGGUGAGCUACGGAGCCCUGGCGGUGAACGUUAUGAACCCCCAGAUCGUGCCCAAGAUCCUGCCCAAGAAGGACCUCACGAACGUGUUCCUCAUCUCGGCGGUGGUGGGCAGUGCCUUCUACAUCUACGGCCGGCCCCACCUGAAGGACGUGAAGAACAACAAGCGGGGCGCCUACGCCCUGCUGGGAGCCACCCUCUUCUCGAUGGGAUCCGUUUUGGCCUGGGCGCUGAUCAAGUCCGCCCUGCCCCAGGACAACGCGCUGCUGGCGACCCUGGCGGGACUGGGAACUGGUGCAGCCAUCGUGAAGAUCGGCACCGAUUACAUUCAGGACGUGGACAAGCUGCAGAAGAACUAGGUGAACUGAUCGACCCCAAAACUGGGUUCGUACUGUAAUUGCUGUCUUGGCCGUACAUAGCUCGUAAUGCAAUAUUAUCUCCCGCAUAUUUGAAUAAAAUUAUACAACAAACCGA